UUACAGAAUCAGCUAAAUAACGUCUCAACUCGGAACAUCAGGGCAAAAUUUGUUGUAAUCGCGGUUACUAGUAAAGUAAAUUAUUCGCCGCGGUUUGUAAAUACAAGAAAAUGGCUAAAGUUAAAGCACGAGAACUGCGAGGCAAGAAGAAGGAUGAGGUGAUGAAGCAGUUGGAAGAAUUGAAGCAGGAAUUAGCAUCUCUACGAGUUUCUAAAGUGACUGGUGGAGCAGCUUCAAAAUUAUCCAAAAUUUAUAUUGUAAGGAAAUCAAUUGCCCGAGUUUUGACAGUCAUGAACCAGAAUCGUAAGGAAAAUUUGAGGAAGUUGUACAAGAAUAAGAAAUACAAGCCUGUUGACUUGAGACCAAAAAAAACUAGAGCCAUGCGUCGAGAACUGACUAAGAGACAGAAGAAUCUGAAGACUCCUAAGGAACAGAAAAAAAUGCGAGCAUGGCCUAUGAGGAAAUUUGCUGUAAAAGCAUAAUUAAAGUUCAUCUUGUAUA